AUGGGAAACAUAUGUUCGAACGGUAAAGAUUUCACAAAAGCAGCAGCCGGCGGGUCGGUUUUGGACAGAGUGAUUUCUCAGGCUUCCACCGAAGACGACUGUUUGCUGUACAAGUUGGCCGAUUACAAAAAAGGAGGAGAACUCAUCAACGUGUACAAUAACGGCGGUCAAGACCAAGCUGAAAAGUACAUUUCGGAAAAGCUGCACGGUCUCAUGUACAACAGCGGCAAAGGCCACGUGAUCAACCGAAACGAUUACCUCAGGUGGAAACACCAAAAUCAAAAACAUGUAGCAAUUAGUUUCGAUAGCAAACACGGUCCUCACGACCCGUUGACCAGAUGGGCGGAUCACUUGGCUUGUUGGCAAAUGCAGUACAGAGGGUCGUUGGGGGAGAGUUUGCUGCAUGUGCUGAUCAUAUGCGACACCACGGUGCACACUCGGCUAUCCCGGCUACUGCUCAAACACUUCCCGAUGUUGAGUCAGGACGUCGUGGAAGGAGAGGAAUACUUAGGAGCGAGUGCGUUGCAUUUGGCUAUAGCCUACAACAAUAACGACUUGAUUCAAGAUCUAGUGGACGCCGGAGCCAAUAUAUGUCAAAGGGCUAUUGGGAGUUUUUUCUUACCACGUGAUCAGCAAAACAAAGAAAUCAAUAACAAACACACUGACUACGAAGGACUGGCAUACCUCGGAGAGCUCCCUUUGGCUUGGGCUGCAUGUUGCGGUAACCAAACCGUCUACAAUCUGCUGAUAGAAUCAGGAGCCAAUCCCGAUGCUCAGGACUCAUUUGGAAACAUGAUACUACACAUGGUGGUCGUUUGCGAUAAACUGAGCAUGUUUGGAUUUGCGUUAAAACAUCCUAAAGUCCCUGCCAGUAACGGUAUCACGAACAUGGCGGGGUUAACGCCUCUGACUCUUUCUUGCAAGUUGGCCAGAGCCAGUGUCUUUCGGGAAAUGUUAGAACUGAGUGCUCGAGAAUUUUGGCGGUAUAGUAAUAUCACGUGUUCCGCUUACCCUUUAAGUGCUUUGGACACAUUACUGCCGGACGGAAAGACAAACUGGAAUUCGGCGCUGUUCAUAAUUUUGGACGGUACCAAGGAAGAACAUUUAGAUAUGCUCGACGGUGGGAUAAUUCAAAAGUUACUAGAAGAGAAAUGGAAAACGUUUGCACGAAAACAGUUUAUGAAACGUUUGAUCAUCCUAUGCGUCCAUCUGAUCAUGCUGAGUAUGUCUAUUUACUUGAGACCUGCCGAUCAAGACAAAUCGCUGUUGGGCGCAGCCGAAGAUUGGCAAGACGUGGCCCGAUACUGUUUCGAAGGCGGAACGGUCGCGGGUGUGUUGUCCUAUUUAUUUUUCCAGCAAGGUGGCGAAAUAUUGAAUCAGGGUCUCGUCGGAUUUUUAAAGCAGACUUUUAAAGAACCGGCAAAGUUGAUAUUCCUCAUAUCGAAUUUGCUCAUAUUGGCGUGCAUACCUCCAAGGCUGUUGGGCGACAAACAGUCGGAAGAAGCUAUUUUGGUUUUCGCAGUACCGGGGUCGUGGUUUUUGCUAAUGUUUUUUGCCGGAGCGGUGCGUUUGACCGGACCUUUCGUCACAAUGGUCUAUUUGAUGAUCACGGGAGACAUGUUAACGUUUUUCGUCAUUUACUCUGUUAUUUUGUCCGGUUUCACACAGUCGUUUUUCUUCUUGUACAAAGGGUCUGCGGACGUGGGCACCUCUUUGUACAAAUCGUAUCCCUCCACGUGGAUGGCUUUGUUUCAGGUCACCAUGGGCGAGUACAAUUACGCCGAUCUAAGUUACACCGUAUACCCCGUGCUCAGCAAGACCGUGUUUACCAUCUUCAUGGUGUUAGUACCGAUAUUGUUGCUCAACAUGUUGAUAGCCAUGAUGGGUAAUACGUACGCUCACGUGAUCGAACAAAGCGAAAAAGAAUGGAUGAAACAAUGGGCAAAAAUAGUGGUAACGCUCGAAAGGGCUGUACCGCAAAAAGCGGCCAGGACUUAUCUGGAAGAGUAUAGUAUACAGCUGGCUCCUGGUGACGACGUUAACCCAGAACAAAGAGGUUUCAUGGUGAUCAAAUGUAAAAGUCAGACAAGGGCAAAACAAAGGAAAGGCGCUGUCAUCAAUUGGAAGAAAAGUGGAAAAUUGGUAAUACAAGAACUUCGGAAAUUAGAAGGCACCGGUCAAAAUUUGAGAGAUAUCAUUUGGAAACGGUCGUCCCUGACCAAUUCGUCUCCUGUAGUUAACAAAUUGUUCGGGCCAAAAAGCAAAGGCAAUUGCGAGGCGAAAAAAACACCACCCAGACUUUCUGGAGCACUGGGAGCUGCAAUUGAUGCAAUGGCGGUGGCUCAAAAUUUGGAUAUGACUCUGCCGAAAGAUCAUAAAAUAGAAGAUUUACACGAUCCGCUAAGGCAGUUAGUGAUAAUGUCGGAGAGCAGCAAUACUGUGGAUAGAAAUCAAGUUGAAAUUGUUGCUAAUACGGCCGCUAAAGUAGCGACACAGAGUUCUAAUAGAUUAAAGCCAGUGAUCAAAGUAUCCAACCUCGGCAUGAACUCUGAUAACCCAGGCAAAAAGUCGUCCAACAAUCAAGUCAAUAAACAUAUUUACAACAUGUCGGCCGACGAGUACAGCAGAGCGGUUGUAAGCACAAAAAGUAAGUCAACGCAAACGGGUAACUUUGAAGUAAUCGGCAAGAAUGGACACCAAAUCGUACGACCGAAAACUGCUAAAAUAAACAGGGUAAAGCCAACUCCUAAUUUUACCGUGAAAAGGGGAAGGUCGGCACAACCAAACAGAACUGACCAGUCCAAAGACGAACAGCAACAACAGCAAUGCUAUUGUGUGAGUGGCAACAAUAUGCUAAGACCGUGGAGCACACAAGACUUGGAGCCACUGAACACUAUCAUGGCGUGGGGUCCAAACGACGAUUUUUAAUAUAAUAUGGUCAAACUGGAUUUAGUAAAUCUAGUAGUCCCAUUUUAACACUUUUAGAUAAACCGUGUCUUAGAUACAAAUUAAAUACUCCAAUUUGCAUUAGUCAGGAUAGACUACGCGGGGAGUGGCUGGAAAGUCACAAUCUUAUAUCAAUUUGUAAGUGUUGGUAAUACUUAACCCUUUGGCGGGCGUGUGUCUGCACUGAGUGCUGUUAUCUCAUUGUUUUCUUGUGAUAACAAAAAAAGCGCGCCAACCGGUUAACUUAUUUCUCGGCUCAUAUAAAAGUUAUAAUUUUAUACUUGCAUUAACAACAGCUCGACUUAUUAAUUUCAUAGCUU